UGUUGUGAGAUCCUGGAGAGAAAUGACGCAGUUUUCCUGAACCGUUUCACUUCCUCAUGCGGGUGCUGGUGGAGAAACCACCCCUCUUACUUUCAUUUCGACAUGGCAAUUUCUCUGAAAUAACAUAGUGUUCGGAGUCACUGCACAGUGAAAUGAGACUGGACUGCAAUAAGUUCGGCUGUUUUCGGAGCUAAAACCGGUCCGGACUAGGAGGUCGAGCAGUGGUGUUCGCUUCAGGAGGGUGACUGACCGUAAACAAUGGGUCAGGUAGAGGAAGCCAGAGUGUCGUGCCUUGACCUCCUCACAUGCCACAGAGAGCUGCUGGUGUCCACGCUCAGGAGCAUCCAGUGCCUCCUGGACAACCUGCUGGCCAACCGCUUCUUCUGCGAGGAAGACGUGGAGAUCGUUCAACGAACCAUCACCAAACCAAACCAGGUGCGCAAAAUCCUGGAGCUGGUUCAGUGCAAAGGAGAGGAUGCCUGUGAAUACUUUGUUUUUAUCAUAUAUAAAAUACGUGACGCAUAUAUAGACCUGCAGCCAUGGUUAAAAGAGACCAACUACAAGCCAAGCGGAGACAUGGAAGAGAUGAAAGUGGUGAACACCGACCCUAUCAGCAGGUACUGUGAGAAGCAGCGACAUGAGAUGAGCCGAGACACCAGCUUCAUCAUGUCUUAUGGACAACAAGAUGAGACCCGAUUGGAGGAUCUCUACACAGACACUGUGAUGGAGUUGUUCAAUGACUCUAAUGAAAGCCUUGGCUUCAUACAGAGUCUGAACCAGCUUCUUGGAGAAGAUGGGGUCGUUAAUCCCCAAGGUGAAAUCAUCUAUGUGAUGGGGGAUGCUGGUGUUGGAAAGUCCAUCCUUCUGCAAAAGCUCCAGAAUCUCUGGUCCAAAAGGGAGCUGCAGACAGAUGCCAUCUUCUUUUUCAAGUUUCGCUGUAGGAUGUUCAGCAUCUUCAAGGAAGCAGAGCUGAUGUCCCUCAGAGACCUUUUAUUCAAAUACAAUUGUUACCCAGAUCAUGAUCCAGAUAAUGAAGUGUUUGAUUACAUCCUGCGCUUCCCUGAUAAGGUCGUAUUUACUUUUGAUGGCUAUGAUGAAAUUCAGGAGGACAUAGACCUGAUGAAUGUUCCUGAAGUUGUGUCUCCAGAAGACAAGGCAAACUCCUUGCAGUUGCUCCUCAGCUUGCUCUGUGGAAAACUACUUAAGGGCUCCAAAAAAAUACUGACGACCAGAACUGGGAUUGAGUUGCAAAGUCGAGUCAUUAAGAAGAAAGUAGUUUUGCGUGGAUUUUCUCCAGACCACCUAAAGACGUACAUCAAACUGCAGUUCAAGGAACAGGAGCACCGGGACCUGGUGUCUGUUCAGCUGGACGCCAGCCCUCACCUCUGUGGCUUGUGUUCCACUCCACUCUUCAGCUGGAUUGUAUUCAAAAGUUUUCGCCACCUGCAUACGAUGCAUGACACCUUUCAUCUGCCUGAAACCAGCAUCACGCUAACAGACAUAUUUCUUCUGCUGUCUGAGGUGUUCCUCAGCCGCUUGGCCACCCCCGCUUCUCCCCUGCUGAAGAAAAGCACCCGCUGCACCUCAGAGACAUUCAGGGUGGGGCUCAGGCCCCUUGCUGGGUUUGCUAAGCUGGCUUUGCAGGGUUUGGAGAGAGGAAGUUUUCUGUGCAGCCAAGAGGAGAUCAGUGAGUGUGGUCUCACAGAGGAGGACAUGGCCCUAGGUUUCCUCAGACCCAUUCGUGAGUUUGACGCCAGUGAUGCCCCCGCCACCUUCGAGUUCAUCCACAUCACCCUCCAGUCGUUUUUGGCUGCAUUUGCUCUUGUGUUGGACGAGCAGACUUCUGGCAACUCCAUCCUCAAGUUCUUCACAGAAUGCAGCCGGAGGAGAGAACCCUGCUGUCUCCCUUUAGCUUUCUGUACCAGGAGCUUUGUGAAGCCUCGCGAAAAGAGGCCCUUCUCAACAAACGAGCACCUGCAGUUCACAAAUCUGUUCCUGAGUGGACUGCUGUCAAAGACUCAAGCAAGUCUGAUGGGACUUCUGGUAUCUCCUGUUUUAUUGAAGAAAAAACGAGCCUUGUUGAAGGCUUACUUGUCCAGUAGCGUCAAGGUCCACCUGGAGGGCUUACCCUGUCAUACUGCUGAUGGAGAGAAGAAAGUUCACGUUUUGCCCCACUUUCUUUGGAUACUACGAUGCAUCUUUGAGACAGGGAGCAAAGACAUUGCUAAGAUGACAGCAAAAGGCAUCACAGCAAGUUUUAUCAAGCUGGGCUACUGUAACGUGUACUCAGGUGACUGCACGGCCAUAAACUUUGUGCUGCAGCACCGUCAGAAGCUCCUGGGGCUCGACAUGGACAACAACAAUAUCAGUGACUAUGGGGUGAAGCAGCUCCAGCCCUCGUUUUGCAAGAUGACAAUUGUCAGAUUGUGUGUCAAUAACCUAACUGACAGCAGUAUUGAGGUUCUGGCAGAAGAGCUGUGCAAACACAAGGUUGUGAAGGUUUUGGGGCUUUACAACAACAACAUCACUGAUGCUGGAGCCAAACUGGUUGCUCAGAUCAUUGAAGAAUGCCCUCAGCUAGCAGUUGUGAAGGUCGGUAAAAACAAGAUCACACCUGUGGGUGGGAGGUAUCUGGCCAUGGCAGUUAAGAAGAGCACUUCCAUAUUCGACUUGGGGAUGUGGGGCAACAGCAUCGGUGAUGAGGGAGCUGAAGCUUUUGCAGAAGCUUUGAAGAAUCACCCACAUCUCACCAACCUCAGCCUGGCAGCCAAUGGCAUCACAUCCAAAGGAGGGAAGUGUCUGGCAGAAGCACUGAAGGAGAACACAGUCCUGAGGAUAUUCUGGUUGGUGCAAAAUGAGAUGAUGGACGAUUCAGCUCCACACUGGGCCGAGUUAAUCCAGGCCAACACUGGACUGAGCCACCUCUGGUUCAUCAACAACAGGUUCACAGCUGCUGGGAUCCAACACUUUGCUGAAGCACUAGCUUCCAACUCCAAGCUCAAGGAGAUCUGCGUGAAAGGAAACCAGCUCUCUGAGGAGGAACAGAAGCGGUUUGAGUCAGAGAAACGACUCCUGUUCCACUGACAGGACGACUGGAUCAGAAACACAAACACGUUUUCUGCUGCGCUUCAACCAACUCAACAACAUCACUUCCUGUUGUCCACGAGUUGAGCAGGAUGGACUCUGUGUUCACAGAAACAAGCACUGGGAUUCAGUUGGGAUGUAGUUUCUGAUGUGAACCAAGAUGCAUCAGAAACAUCAGUUCACUCUGAAAAUGAUGUCCUGGAAUCAAAAUGUCUGCAUGUCAGUCGCCAUCAACUCUAAUAAAGGGAUCGACGGCUAGUUGAACUUGUUGGCCAAAAUAUGUUGUAAUUUUCCUGAAAGCGUUGUGGUAUGUAAAAUCUCAUAAUUACUUUAAAAAAUUGUAUAUCAAGUUCUAUUUCUCACCUAUGUAGCUUGUCAUUUUUUCAGCUGCGCUAUGCAUGCUGGGCCGAUGAUGUGGGCAGGUUAUAUGGAGUUGAGCCUUAAACUAAACACAAGUCAAGGUCAUGGAGGCUGACAAGGGCAGAAAACACCUGGGUUGGGGCAAACUGUCUCAAAGUUUUGAUGUGCAGCUACACACAAGAUAUCUGUUGAAACUAAUACACACGAUUGGCUUGUGCUAUACUGUUUACUAUGUUAGCUAGAGCUAACCCCGUUAGCAGGAGUUGGCAUGAAAUCAAAAAUGGGAAGAUAAUGAAUGAUAAAAUUGAACUCUUUCUCACAGCCUCCUGAAAACCUUAAAUACAAAUUAGUGAAAAAUCUUCAUACAAACUUCUAAUCCUUUAAAAUAAACUAGAAAAACUAUUUUAUGGAUAUUCAUUAGUUAUUGAUACAGACUCUUUGACAUGGACAAUAACAAGUAUAUAGUCACUGUACACCUUAUGAUUUUGAAGAAGAUUUACUUCAAAAAUAAUUAAUUGAAUAUGUCCUACUGAAUUGGACAUAUUUAUUUAAAACAGUAAAUCAAAACAAUUUCACAUGUUACAUUUUAAUGGGGGGUUUUUUGUGUGAAAUUGAUCGUUUAUACUUUUCCUACAACAAAGUUAAGUUACAAUACAAGGAUUUUAUUUAAUUUUUUCAGAGUAAAUGCUACAUUAUGAAAAACCCCAAUACAGCUCAAUUCAUGGUUGAACCGCAAAUCCAUCUUGGGAACUCAGAAAGGAUUACCUACAGCUUCCUGUUUAAAUGAAACCGCUUUUUGUUAAACUGAAGUGCCUUCCUUUCCAACUGAAACCAUCAGAAAAUAUUUCACUAGUCUGUAUGAGAGUUCUUCAUUAAUCUCUGUUUAAGGUUUUCAGUGUGCUAUGUUCAAUUUCAUUUGUGUCUGUUUUAGCUAAUUCUGAUUAAUGUCCCCAUAACAAAGUAUUUGUAUUAGCCUAAUGAUUUCCUUUGUCACAUGUUGCAGACACAGACUCAGUCCAUCUGCUGGAAAUUCUCCAGGAUUACAGUUUUUCUUUGGUCUUAAUUUGUCAUUUUUCAUGUGAGAGAAAUUUCUUGUGAGUUUCAUCCCAUGUCUGACUUUUACAUGAAAUAGGAACUGGUCACAGUGAAAAACCCCCAAAACAAAACAAAAAACAUGCCAACUUCCCUGUAGAAUAUACAUUUUGGUUUUGUUUGAAUACAGUUACAUCUGACAGAAAAUAAUUCUCUUCAUAAUUACUGGUAUUGCUCAUACUUUUACAUAAAAAUGCUGGUUGGUUCACAAUUGUGCACAUCCUUUACUUGGCCAAAUCACAUUUGGUUCAGUUCAAAGCUUUCUGUCUUCUUUUGCCUGGAACAUCUUCACCCACGUGUACCUGAAAGGUUCUCACAGUCAGGAGAGUGAGGAUGUUUCUGGUCCAGAUAGCUCCCACAGACACAAGUUUAGUUUACAUCCAUCCUCAUGUUAAAGCAAAGUCUAUAGUAACGGCAGAACCAGAGCAGCAGAGUAGCUUCCCUAAUGCAUAUGAAAAUGAUUUUAAUAAUGUAAGCAAGUUCACAAAGGAAGAUUUACCAACUGAUUGUUUACUGAUUCCUUGUCAGGUUGGUUUCUUGAUUACUCCAGGAGGAUCAGUAUCGGAGGAUAGUUUUUGUCAUACUGAACAUCACACAUUUUGUUAUCACUCUGUACCAUUCAUGUAUUUAUUUAUCAUUUUGUACACAAUAAAAAAAUAUUGA